UAAAGUGUCAAAUUUCGAAUUUGUAUUUCGGCGCGGCAGUUAUUGUUUAUUUUGUUUGUGUAAAAUCUAAUAACACUAAAAACUGAUGAAUAAACAACGAAAAAGCUCAUUUACUAUUCAGAAAAAGUUGAGGUUUGAAAUAAACUUACGAGAGACGAAAGUGUACAAAGAGAAAACAUGUCGGGUAACGAAGUGAUGAGUGAGAAAAAGAAAGUUUUGAUAGCUUACAAGCAAAGCUUGCUGGACAAAAUAAGUUUCUGUGAUAAGAGAAUUGAGGAAGUCCGCUUAAAUAACACUCAAACAUUCUUUGAUGAUGAGGACAGUUCAGACUCGGACUCAGUCCUCCCGCAGCUCAACGUUGGCCCGUCGAAGGCUCAGCUGGCGGUGCAGAAGUCCACCCGCAGCAUCUGCCUGCAGGCCACGCAGGAGCUGACGAGCCUGCAGGUGCUCGAGUGCGAAGUCAAUGUGCGGGUCGACCCGCCCGUGCUGUUGGAUUGUGUGGCCCCCUCGGAACCAGGCACUUGGCGCGAGGUGAUGGCGGAGUGCCGUGUGGACCUCGUGCCCUUCACCAUCACGUUCUGCGUGCACCAGCCCAGUAGCAAGUUCGCGUCGUGCUCCUACCACGGUCUCCGCGCGGCGGCGGUGAAGGAGGCGCACGCGCGGGAGCUGGCGCGGUCCGUGCUGCCGGGGGUGAGGCGGCCCAGCGAUGCUGUGCAGAUCCUGAAGAGCUACGCGGCGGCGCACCGCUCGCGGCGCACGACGCUGGCGCGCCUCGCGAGCAAGUACGGAGACAACCUGUUUAUGGAGGCGCUGCCGGAGGGCGGCUACUCGCUGCGGUGCGCGCGCCUGCUGCAGGUGAGCUGGGCGCUGCAGAACAAGUGGUCCGCCAUCGCGCCCUUCGUGCAUCGGAUGAAGUUCGACCUGGAAUAUAUGGACGAAGCCUACGUGAAGCAAAUAAAGCAUGUCCACAGCCAACUGCUGGAUCCAGCGCUGGAGACAGACGAACGCACCUUCCUACUAGAGAAAAUACUCGAUAUAAUACUAGAAGCCAGCGGCGCCAUGUCUAAUGUUGAAGAAUCUGAGACAGACACUGAAAAUCUGAACAAAACACGAACUACACUAGACCAAGAACCUGAUCUACCGGACACUAGAGAGAAAACUGUAAAAGUAAAUCACGAUUUGGGUAAGAAGAGAGUAAAAGACACGAACGCUAAAGAUGCUGAGGUCAUGGCGCCGCCGAAAAAGAUUCCUAAGAAGGCUAAAGAUAAUAUCAAUCCUAAGAAGGUUGACAAACAAAUCCCUACUGCAGUAAAAAAGACAGUCAAUAAUGCUGGAGAUGCUGAAAGGAUUUUAAAAGACAAGACUAAGAAAGCGGUUGAAAGUAAUGUUGUGGUGGAAAAUGAUGGUAAAAAAGAUAGCAACACUAAAAAGAAAUCAAUUAAUCCGGGUGCAGUUGUAACUUCUAAGGAUAAAGUCGAUAGUGUGAAACAAAAAGAUAAUCAAGGCGUUAAGAAAGUUGUUGCGGACAGUAACAAAAAGGCUGCCGAUGUCAAAAAAGUUAGCACUGGAAAUAUUAAGCAAGUAGACAAAGCUGUUGAUGACAAUAAGAAGAUUGCCAAAGACAAAGUGAUAAAAGAGAUUAAGAAACCAAAUGUAAUUAAAAAGCCUGUAAGUGCCCUGAAUACUAAAGACGUUGUUGAUGUAAAGAAGGCUUCUAUUGAAACUAGGAAGUCCACUAAUGAGGUUAAACUCAAAAGUGUUACUGAUGUCAAUAAACAAAAAAUCAUACCUAAAAAAAUACCCAAACUUAACGAAAAAGAGAAUGUUGUUAAAGAAAAGAAUAAUGAUAACGCGAAAAUUAUAAGGAAACCGUUAAACAAUGAUAUCAAAAAGGUCGCUAAUGAAAUUAAGAAACCAGAUGCCACACAGAAUAAGUUAAAUGUUAUAAAUAAGUUAAGUGCAAAGGAAGUUAAGAAAUCAAAACUACCUGUUUUAAGUGCUGAGAAGAGAGCUAAAAUGGUUAAGUAAAAGCAAAUAGUGACCUUAAAUCAACCUGAAUGUUAAAAUUAUGAAACAAACAUGAUAUUUUUGUAUAGUUAAGUUUUGCUGGACAAUAAAAUUACAUUGAUUAUU